AUGCCCCCUGCAUCCAAGCUUGCAGUUUCCAGUGUUCAGCCAGAAAAUGGGCUGAGAUCUUCCUGCCAAAUAGUCCAACUCCAACAACCUGUAAACAAAUCCAAGAUCUCCAACAACGUCUAUAAUCCAACUCCAACCUGCAAAGGAGGAGAUGAAAUAACUUGUGAUGCUGGCGGAGAUGCAAGAGGAGUAAGAGGUGGAGGGCGUGGAGAAGGUGGUGGUGGAGGGCGUGGAGAAGGUGGUGGUGGAGGGCGUGGAGAAGUAAGUGCUGGAGGGCGUAGAGGAGGAGUAAGUGGUGGAGGGCGUGCACGUGGUGGUCGAAAACCACGCCCUCGAGAAACAUGUGAGGUGGAGGUGUCGGGUGUACACUGA